AUGGCUCCCGCAAGAAACGGGSCAGRGGUACCAAUUCUAGGGUUKCUGAUUUGUGCAGCUUUKAUCUYUUUCUCAAUUCGUGYUUUGUGGCUCAAUCACAAAGGGAAAACCGAGUUAGGGUUUGUGAAACGGAACGGAACUCAGUUCGUGGUUGAUGGUGAGGCUCUCUAUGUAAAUGGGUGGAACUCGUACUGGUUCAUGGACCAUGCGGUGAAUGAACACAGCAGAUUCCUUGUCGGUGAAAUGCUUGAAGCUGGAGCUAAGAUGGGUCUCACUGUUUGUAGAACUUGGGCUUUCAAUGACGGUGGCUACAACGCUCUUCAGAUCUCUCCUGGCCAAUUCGAUGAACGAGUCUUCAAGGCUUUGGAUCAUGUAAUUGCAGAGGCAAGGAAGCAUGAUAUUAGAUUGCUUCUUAGCUUAGUGAACAACUUGCAAGCUUACGGAGGCAAGUCACAGUAUGUGAAAUGGGCAUGGCAAGAUGGUGUUGGCCUUAGCUCCUCCAAUGAUUCCUUCUUCUUUGAUCCAUCUAUCCGCAAAUACUUCAAGAACUAUCUCACGGCUCUGCUAACCCGCAAGAACUCAGUGAAUGGAAUAGAGUAUAGAAACGACCCUACGAUUUUCGCUUGGGAGUUGAUAAACGAGCCCCGAUGCACAUCUGAUGUCUCUGGCGACACCCUCCAAGACUGGAUAGACGAAAUGACGGGCUUUAUCAAAUCAAUUGAUGACAAACAUCUCCUCACAGUUGGCCUGGAAGGCUUCUAUGGCCCCAAGAACCCGAAACGGCUGACAGUUAAUCCAGAACAGUGGCCCUCUGAGCUUGGAACAGACUUUGUUCGAAACUCUAAUUCAUCAAACAUUGAUUUCGCAUCCGUUCAUAUCUACCCUGAUCACUGGUUUCAUAAUCAGAGCUUUGAAGAUAAGCUAAAAUUUGUGGUGAAAUGGAUGCAAUCUCACAUUGAAGAUGGGAAGAAGGAACUGAAGAAGCCAGUUCUGUUCACAGAGUUUGGACUCUCGAACCUGAACAAGGACUAUGAGCCAUCCCAACGAGACCGGUUCUACAGAAUCAUCUUCGAUGUGAUUUACAAAUCAGCCAAGCGAAGGAAGUCAGGUGCAGGGACAUUGGUGUGGCAGCUAUUCAUGGAAGGCAUGGAAGGUUUCAACGAUGAAUUUGGGAUUGUUCCACAUGAACAGGAUUCCAUGUAUAGAUUGAUGAUUGAACAAUCUUGCAGAUUGGGUAAGGUCACAGGACGUCUUAAGGAACAUAAAUUAAGACAAUGA